UCAUUGCAAACUAAACUUCACUAUGUCUUCAGAGCAAAAUAAGAAAGCACUAAAUUUGCUUUUCCAAAAUCCCCUGGAACCGGUAUUUGCCGCACGUGAUGAUGGCAAAUCCAUACUAGACGUACCGGAUAGCUUCUAUACCGAGAACUACACCGAAGUAAAAGAGGACAUACAGAAUCGUUUCGGCGCGGAGGUCGAUGUGAAAAUACCCAUUCGGGAAUUGAAGCAAAAGCCCAAUUUAGAGUUUGCCAAUGCGCUACGCAAGCGCCAACAAUUCUCACUCUUCUAUCAACCACAUCGCCGUAUUGCCGCGCAGCUCAUUCAAUUGCUGAUUGAACCGCCCACCGAGGAGGAUUUCAUUUCGUUGGCCGCCUUUGUGAAAGAUCGCGUCAAUGCUUUCCUCUUUCAGUAUGCCUUUUCGGUGGCAGUACAGCAUCGCAAGGACACCGCUAACUUCCAGGUGCCGGUAAUUAGCGAACAAUUUCCGCAAAACUUCGUCGAACCAUCGGUGUUUCAAGAUGCUCGCGCCGAGGGCAAGCUGGUCACCGAUCCAGGUAGUCGGCGUCGCAUUGAAAUUCCGCCAAAUUUCACCGCAUCCGAUCGCGAAGAAGAGCAGCGCUUGAGCUACUUCCGCGAGGAUAUUGGCGUGAAUAGUCAUCACUGGCAUUGGCAUUUGGUGUACCCCGGCUCGGGACCCGAGGAGGUGGUACGCAAGGAUCGCCGUGGUGAAUUGUUCUAUUACAUGCAUCACCAGCUGAUGGCGCGUUACAAUGUGGAGCGUUUCUGUAAUAAUUUAGCCAAACUACAACCACUCAACAAUAUACGCGAACCCAUUAUUGAAGGUUACUUCCCGAAAAUUUUGAGCAGUCUCAACAAUCGCACCUAUCCGGGGCGUAUAGCAAACACAAAAUUGAAGGAUAUCGAUCGUGAUGGACGCGUAAUGGAGUUGGCCGAUAUUGAGCGCUGGAUCAAUCGUAUUGUACAGGCCAUCGAUCAGGGUUAUGUAACAGAUACAAGAGGCACCAACAUUCCGCUGGAUGAGAUCAAGGGCAUCGACUUACUCGGCGAUCUUAUGGAGUGCUCCGAUCUCUCCGUCAACCCCGGCUUCUAUGGCGAUCUGCACAAUCAAGGACACAAUUGCAUUUCAUUUUCUCACGAUCCCGAUAAUCGGUUCUUAGAAGAUUUUGGCGUAAUGGGUGAUGUGACAACAGCUAUGCGUGAUCCGAUCUUUUAUCGUUGGCAUGGUUAUCUCGAUACGCUAUUCAAUCGCUUUAAGGAGAAGUUGCCAGUAUACAGCGAACCGGAGCUUGGCUACAAUGGUGUGUCGGUGACACGCGCUGAUGUGCGCAUCAUAAGUUCAUCGAAGAAUAUCAUCAACACACUGCUUACUUAUUGGGAAAAAUCCGAUGUUGACUUGGCCGCUGGUCUGGACUUUGGGCCAGGCGGAAGUGUUUAUGCCUUGUUCAGACACUUGCAACACUCACCCUUCGAAUACUUAAUUGAAGUGAACAACGAGACAGGCACGGUUAAGCGUGGCACUUGUCGCAUAUUCCUCUGUCCCAUCACCGAUGAGCGUGGCACACCAUUAACCUUGAAUGAACAGCGUCAGCUAAGCAUAGAGUUGGACAAGUUCACUGUGAAUUUAAUGCCUGGCGUCAACAAAAUCAAUCAGUCCUAUGAUAACUCCAGUGUUACUAUACCCUAUGAACGUUCCUUCCGUAGAUUAGACAAGGCCCAUUUACCUUCUGAUCCAAGCAAAUUGGCUGAAUUCCGUUUCUGCGGCUGCGGUUGGCCAGCACAUAUGUUGUUGCCAAAGGGAAAACCUGAGGGCAUGCAAUUUGAACUAUUUGUAAUGAUUUCGAACUAUGACGAUGAUGCAGUGCUGCAGAGAAACGAUGAACCCGAUGUAUGCGGUGACGCUGCUUCAUUUUGCGGUCUGAAAGAUAAAUUAUAUCCCGAUAAGCGUGCUAUGGGCUAUCCGUUCGAUAGACGCUUGCCGGCUGACACAUUGACGGCAUUGACUGAUCACUUCAGCAACAUGAAAAAGACGCCGGUGCAGAUAAUCAACCGCAAUGAGGUUGUUGAAAGGAAACGCACUUAGGCAAUUACAUGGGACAUAAAUCUGAAUUGAAAAAAAGACUGGAAACGAUAAUGGAUUUUUAAACUGACAUAUUAUUAAAAUACUUAACUACCCACUUCAAAUACUUAUUACCUUUUACAAGAUAAAUUAAGCAAAAUGCCUUAUAUUUGUAUGUAUGUAUAUAUGCAUGUAUGUAUAUGUGUAAAACUCUGCAAGAUAUGUACAUAUGUAUGUAGGUAUUCAAUAAAUUCAAACAUUCAAUAAACACUUUAAUUAAAAU